UUUUAAAAAGAUUGAAAAAUACCAUCUUGAUGUAUCAUCAGUGCUCAGUGAUUUAUUUAAUGAAUAAUACAGUGUAAAAAAUGUUAAAGAAAUGUUUCCAAGACUAAAUAAUUUUAUAGUAUUUGCAAUCGGUGUAAUAUUAGGCUCAAUUUUAGCAUUAAUAUUAUUUCACUUUCAUUUAAAAAUACCUGAUAAAUUAAAUACUAAAAGUGUCACAACUAUAUACAAUAAUGAUGAGCAUUUACUUCAAGAAGACAAUCUACAUCGGACAUUACUCCUUAUGGAUGAUAUACGUUAUGGAAGUACACAAAAUAUUACAAUAGAAUCCGAAUAUUUAUAUAAUAAAAUUAAUGUGUUAUGUGUGGUAUUAGUGCAUAAAUUACGUAAUGUGGAAGCAAUAAACAAUACAUGGGGACAAAAAUGUAAUAAAAUUCUUUUUUAUAGUUUAAAAAAAUUAAAAAUUUCAACGAGUGAUAAAAUUCAAGUAAUACAGUAUAGUGUAUCAUCAUCGUGGGAAUUAUUAUGCAGUAUUUUACAACAUAUUCAAAGAAGCUAUGAAUAUUCUUGGGCAUUUUUUAUUAAUGAUGAUUUAUUUGCAAUUGUUGAAAAUUUACGAUUAUUUUUAGCAAAAUUAGAUCAUAAUAAGAUGUAUUAUAUUGGUCAUAGUAUUAAAUUUUGGGGUGUUACACAUAAUGUUGCUGAGGCUGGAUAUGUAUUGAGUCGCAAAAGUAUAGAAUAUUUAACAAAUAAAUUUUCGAAUGAAACUGAAUGUAAGAAUGGUGGAAGAUAUUGGAAACAAGAAGCAUAUUAUUUAGGUAAACAUUUAAAUACUGUAAAUAUUACGCCAAUUGAUACAAGAGAUCGAGAAAAUUGCAGUGUAUUUUAUGGCUAUAAUUUAUAUCAAUUUCUAUUUCCAACUUCUGUUACAUUAACUAACUAUUAUAAGUACAGCGUGUACCCUAUAAAAUGUAGCAGCAGACAUACAAUUACAUUUCAGGCAAUUGAGGCAGAUAAAAUGUAUUUUUACUACUAUUUUUUGUAUCAUGUGCAAUUGUUUUAUCAAGGAAACAAAGGGAAUGCAAGGUUAUCAUCUAAAAAUGAUGAUUUAGUGUGGAAAAAUUUCUUAAAGGAGAAGGGUAUUACAAAUUACAAUAUAUCAGCUGAACGCUACUUCGAGAUAUGGAAAUCAGAAGUUUCUGAUCCUGAUGAAUUUAAUGAACGUAUAAGGAAAGAACAAACAAAACUUGAAACAGAACUAAAAUAGUGCGAUCUAUAUUGGAAUUCUAGUGAUACGGGUUAAACGGUCUAUAGUAAAUGUAUUUAUUUAAUGGUAUUUUUCUCCGAUUUUGUGCGAAAUCAAAAUAAAAAACUGUGAAUGUCGAUAUUGUAAUGUAAUGUUAAAAGGCUUAUUUAUUAGAUUUUUACCAUAUGAAUAUGACCUUUUAAAGCUCUCAAGACUACAAAAACUUUUUGUAUUGGAUGCGAGUAGACAAAAAAUUUAUCAAUUUCGUUCAUAUUAUUUUCAAUAAUAUGACUAUUAUGGAUUGGCAAGAAUCUUUUCGACACAAAUUGUAUUUCACCGAUACCAGCGCAUAUAAUUAACCGCAGCAGACUUAACGUUAAAAAAUUUAAUUGGAUAAGUUAAAUUGAUAACAAGAAUGUUGUUUGUAUUCUGUG